GCAAUCUUCUUACCUAUUUAAAGUUUGUGAGAAUACUUGUUGUUUUUGCUAUUUUCACCUCAGGAAGCAUUGCUGGAGGGCCGCGACGAAACCUUGUUCUGGGCAAGAACGUUAAAUGGCGACAAGGGAGAGACGAGGAGGAAAGAAGGUGAUGAGAAAUUGGGGGAGGAUUCAAUUUUGGCACGAUGCAAAUCGGAGCUCAUGGGUGUGGAUGCAGCUAGCCAAGCCAGUGAAAGCUGUGAUGAUGUCCAUGAGCAGCACAGGAGGUGGGAGAGUGGGAGUUGGGACACAGUGAGUACUGUGAGUGACAUCUCAUCCAAUUGGCGGUGGGGGCCCAGUGGCAGUGGGAAAUGGCCAUCGGCGACGGAAAAGGGGUCUGAUAUUGAAGGGGAUAAAAGGGGGUCUGAUCUUGAGCGGGACAAUAAAAGGGGGUGUGGUUUUGAACGGGAUAAUAAAAGGGGGGCUGAUUUUGAACGGGAGAGUAAAAGGGGCUCCGACUUUGAACGGGACAAAAGAGGGGCUGAUUUGGAAAGUGAUAGAAGGUGGGACGACCGAUGGACAGGCGCAAGGAAGCGAGAGGAAGGGGACACGCGCAGGCUCAGCCAGGCGGAGAGCAGGCGGAUAUCGGGUGAUGUUGCUGAGCGCGUGAAGAAAUGGGAAAGCGGCCGGUUCGACAGCAUGAAGCUCGAAAGCUUGCUGGGAAUGGACGAAGAAAGGAAAGUGAGCGGUUUAGAGCGCAGUACGUCGUUGCGGGCAGGAAGCGCAGCUGGUCCUGGCAAGGAAGGACGGCGGCCCUUUCAGCUGACAUUGGAUCGUCACAGCAUUGCCAACAAGAGGGGAUCAGAGUGCAACCUGCUGGAUGAGAAAUGGCGUGAAGGAGCGAGCCCUCGAAGAAAGAUUCUUGAGAAAUGGGGCAUGGAGGCCGCACACACCCCUUCCGUGAGACCCACGUUGGACAGCCCACGGAGAAGGGGGGGGGAGGGCUUGGAGAGAUCGGCGAGCAUGCGACCGAGUAUGGGGUCUGACUGGCGCGGAAGCGAGCAAUAUCAACCACUGGAUUUCGGCCUCAGGCACGUGGCUAGCGAAUCAAGAUUUGUAGCAGCUGCACUGCUGAGUACCAAAGCUGGAGAGUUCGAUCCGGAGGGCGGAUUACUAUCAUUUAGCACGUCGGCCAGACCUGGGGGAGAAGUGACACCUAGGAAGUUUGGAGGUGUCGUGGACACGAGGACUCCUGAAAAGGACGGCGGUGUGGAGGGAAGGAGGAACUGGUCAGCGACAGGGGCAGAGUCUCGAAGCCCGGAGAGGAGGAGGGGAAUGCUUGAGACGAGGGGAACAGAGUCGAGAAGGUUUUCAGAGAAUUGGGGGGGAUCGGAUAGAAGGCCACCCUCGGCGCGGUUAUAUGGCCGGGCGACAAAGGACGAUGUACCAUUGCCUCCGGAAAGACGUCUGCUGAGCCUGGAGAGUAUGAAGAGGAGGGGACUCGAUCGGCAACGGAGUAUUAGGCAAGACGAGAUGUCUCCUUGCCCAGUGGUUGGGGGACUGGAUCGGCAACGAAGUAUCCGGCAAGAAGAGAUGUCUCCCCGACCAGUGCUUGGGGGACUCGAUCGCCAACGAAGUAUUAGGCACGAAGAGAUGUCUCCUCGUUCCGCAGUUGCCCAUGGCCAGGCCAAUGGAACAGGGGAAGGUUUCUGGGGGCUUAUACACAAAGCCAAGUCCGUGCUCCUGGAGCGAGGUGCAGCAGCUGUCUUGGAAGAAGACGAAAGAAGAGAUCAUGAUGAGGCAUCAGGACAUUCAUCCGCUGUACUUAAGGGCUUGGACGCGUUGACAUCCUCUUUGUUUACCAUAGGCGACACGCUUGGUUCAGCUCUGGAGGGGGGCGGCAAUUACUUAGCUGAUUUGCGGUCUGCCGAUGCUGCCAAGCUGGAAGCGAGGUGUGCCGCUGAUGCUGCGGCGUUCUCGACGGCAAAGGACUCACGAUCCGGAGCGGAUGGAACGCUACCGAAGGGGCGAGGAGGAAGGGCAUGUUCAGAAGAUGGUUCGACUCGAAGAGGCAGCGUUCCGGAUCCAGGGCCAGCAAUCAGCAUGAGCACGCAGCUGAAGGCCUCUCGCGAUGUAGCUGCAGCAAUGGCGGCAAAGGCGAAACAACUGCAUCGACAGCUGAGAGCAGCGAGGGCAGAAAUGGAAUUUGCCAAAGACAGAACUUCGCAGUUGGAGGAGGAGAAUAAGAAGCUCAGGGAGAGUCUGGAAACAGGUCUCAGAAUGGAUGAAGAUCCGCUGAUCCGAAAGCAGCUAGAAACACUCCUUGCGGAGAAGGCAAGGCUAGCCCAAGAAAAUGCUGCGCUGACGCGCGAAAACCAAACACUCUUGAUGCUAGUGGAGAUGCAUCAACUACAAAAUCAAGACUACGCUUCUGAGGUGGGGUCGGUGCUGGAGUUUUGCGACUCGCAAGAAGCAGUCGGGUCCGUGCUUGGCUUGGACUUGAGUAACGGGUCUGGAUUUGUAAAUGGUGGCCCCCCUUGUUCGCCUUCUCCUCUUCCUUCUUCUGCUCCUCCUCCUCCUCCUCUUCCUCCUCCUGCACCUCCGCUUCGGAGAAACCUCUUCGCUUCGCAUGCAAAUGGAUUUGCACAUGCUGAAGGCCAGGCCCUUAGUGAGCCGCAGGAUCAGCUUCCCGGUAAGGGUGAUGUGUGCGGGAGCGACCAGGUCAUCGCUGUGGCGGUAUAGGGAUGGCCGCGAUAAACCAUUUUUUGGUUGGAGUUUUGUGUAACGCUGUUGUGGAAGCAUACUUCGAG